UAUGACUGUUAUUAAAACCAAAGCUCAGUGGCCAGCCUGGCAACCUCUCAACAUACGGGCGCCUCCCUCGGCCGAGUUCUCGGUGGACCAGACACGUCAUCUCAUGUCGUUUCUGACCAUGCUGGGUCCGAGUCCCGACUGGAACGUUGGUCUGAGUUCUGAGAACCUGUGUACAUCUGAGUGUGGCUGGGUGCAGAGACUCACCAAAGACUUGCGGCCGUGGGACGCCGGCACAGACAGCGGCCACAGCUAUGAGUCUCCGAAUAAACCCAGUUUCCCUCAGGAAAGGAUUCGACCCCUCACCAGCCUGGAUCAUCCUCAGAGCCCCUUUUACGACCCUUCCGGAGCCCCCAUCCCACCCCUGGCUCGAGUGCUUGUCGAGAGGAUAGCCAGGAAGGGAGAGCAGUGCAACACAGUUCCAGACACCGUGGACGAUAUUGUGGCCGACAUCGCCCAGGAGAAGACAGUGGAGGUAGACAACACCCCAGAGACGUGUAUCUACUCCAACUGGUCUCCGUGGUCAGCAUGCAGCUCAUCCACGUGUGCUAAGGGUCUGCGCAUGAGACAGAGGAUGCUGAAGGCACAGCUGGAUGCAGCUGUUUCCUGCCUCCACACGCAGGACUUCGAACCCUGCAUGGGCCCCGGCUGCAGUGAGGAAGAGGCGUCUCCGUGCAUGCUGUCCGAGUGGAUCAGCUGGUCUCCGUGCAGUGCAUCAUGUGGGAUGGGCAUGAGGUCCAGAGAGCGCUACAUCAAAGCGUUCCCCGAGGACGGCUCGAGCUGCAGGGAACCCACCGAGGAGACAGAGAAGUGUGUGGUGAACGACGACUGCUCUCCCAGCAGCUGUGUGGUGACUGAAUGGGCGGACUGGGAGACCUGCAGUGUGAGCUGUGGUGUGGGAGUGAAAAAGAGGACCAGAAUGAUGAAGAUGCCCUCGCCGGAUGGUUCUCCGUGCAUAGCAGAGCUGGAGGAGAUCGAGAAGUGCAUGAUGCCCGAGUGCAAUGUGGUACCCUGCAUGGUGUCUCCGUGGUCAGACUGGGGUCACUGCAGUGUAUCAUGUGGUGUGGGGAUGCAAGUGAGAAGGCGAAUGCUGAAAACCCCGGCACUGCCUGACCAGUGUGAAGAAGAGCUGGAGCAGGUGGAGAAGUGCAUGAUGCCAGAGUGUCCGGUUGACUGUAUGCUCUCCGAAUGGUCCGAGUGGUCCGAGUGCAAUAAGUCAUGUGGGAAGGGUCACAUGAUCCGCACUCGCAUGGUGAAGUUGGAGCCUCAGUUCGGUGGCCUGCCGUGCCCAGAAACCGUGCAGAGGAAGAAGUGUAAGAUACGCAAGUGCACACGAGGCCCGAGAGCCAGUGACCGUAAGAAAGCCAAGCCGGAAGCUACAGAGCGCAGGAGAGGAAAACCAGGACGGGAGUCAGCGUCACCCAAUGAGGAGAGCUCAGGUUGCAAACUGGGCCCGUGGUCGAGCUGGACGGACUGUACCAAGGUGUGCGGCGGGGGGAUCCAGGAGCGCGUGAAGACUGUUAGGAAGAACAGCAAAGGCAAAUGCAGGCCCCUCAAAGAGAGCCGUGUGUGCAACGUGCACCCCUGCUAAGAACUCGACGUUUUUUUACACAUACAUACACACUCGCACGCACACGUACACACACACACAGCGGAAUGUGGUUUAAGUGGACUGGUCAGAUGGUAUCUAUAGAGCUUUUAGGAUUGUACACAUGGCUAGUGGUGAGUGAGCAGAUGCCUGUGAUUAGAUUAGUUGCCUUUUACACAAGUGAGUGUGAACUACACACACAAACAUUAUUGUCACACUAACCGUACAGUCUGGUUUUCUUACAGAAUAUCUUUGUGUUUGUUUAUUAUUUUCACUGGUGGUGAUUCCAGCCACCCUGUGUGUGCAGUUACUGUACAGUUCCAUGGUGUGACGUUUCCACUUUCACAGUACAUGCACUAUAUGGACUCGCUAUAUCUACACAAACCGUAUUUCAUUUAAACCUACAUUAUAUUGCAGUAAGGGCUGAAUUCUGAUCAAGUCUAGUUCCAAUUAAAC